AUGGCGAGACCACGGAAUCGAAAGCGACAGCAAAUACCUGAGCUCUCGCAAAGUAAUCCCCCCCCAAAGAAAGCCAAGCUUAAAAGAGAAGGCAACUUCUCGCCAGUAUUCUGGGAUAACCUCUCAAAAAUCUGGCUUACGCCGUGUGCCCUAAGAGAGCUUAACCGUCGAAAUAGCGCAUAUACUCUGCCGAUAUUACCUGAGGUGUAUCCUACAGAUCUCGCCGGAUUCGCGAGACACGGCGGUCCAGAUCUUUGUCACCUGCGAGGCUAUUCUGAGCCGAAGAAAGACAUACGCUCUUAUCUCUCCUCUACGUCUCGAAGUCGACAGACAAACUCGACGGCGGCGACAUCAGUCACCUCAAAUACCCCAAACGAGAGCAAUAUACAAUUCACCAACCUCAUAUCACUUACGGAUGAAUCUACAGUUAAAGCGGUGCCAGACUAUUUUGAUGGAGCCAAAGCCAGUGACCUUCAUAGUGUGGUGAGGCGUGAGCUCAACGAGCUUGUCAUUCCCACCAAACAUGCAAAUGUUCCAAUAGUACCCAACUUUUUCUUGGAAGCCAAAGGCCCAAGUGGAAGUGUUUCCGUCGCCGAAAAGCAGGCAUGCUACGAUGGAGCACACGGGGCACGAGCCAUGCACGCCUUGCAAAACUAUAAGCUGGCUGAGCCGACCUACGACGGAAAUGCCUACACGUACAGCUCAAUCUACCACGAUGGCACAUUAAAACUGUAUGCACAUCACGUCACUGCACCUACCAUGGCGGAAGAACGGCCUGAGUACCACAUGACUCAGAUCGAUGGAUGGCAAAUGACGGGCAGUAUUGACACCUUUCGGCGUGGAGCGACUGCAUUUAGGAACGCUAGAGACUCAGCAAAACGACACCGAGAUAGCUUCAUUCAGGCUGCCAAUGCCAGAACUGGAAGAGCGCUGGUAGUCAUUCUGGAAGAUCCUGUCGAGCAACACGAAGAGACCUCGGACCACCCCGAGAUGCCCGAGAUGCAAAGACCCGAGGAUCGUUCGGCGCACACUGGCCGGAAGGAUGCGGACCAGACGCUCCAGCAACAAAUCGCCGAGGAUAGACAGCAUGCCUUGCAAGAUGAUACCGGGGCGGUGGCUUUGGCGCCCCAGUACUUAUACACAGAGGGUGAUUCACCAAAUCGGAGUCAGGAAUUAGGGGUCUUGGCCUGUGACGACCCGUCAACGAGCUUUACAUCUAGCUUGACUACUUUUACCACAGACCCCGUACAACCCAAGCGUUCAAGAGAUCCUGUCAGUCCACCGUCUGACUCCAAGAGAAUCCACUCAUCCAAGGACCGAACAAGGCCAAGCGCAGCGCCCCGAACUACGCGACCUCGUCGGGCUGCAGUAUUGGCACAGACAAACGCGGGCAAUUCUGGUUGA